AUGGGGCCCAUCUGGUUUACCACCACCCAGACGCUCCAUCUCCCUUCCCAGAAUCAGCAAUCAUACCAUGAAGAGCGGGUCCAGCUGUUGGUAGCGGACAUCGGCAAUCAUGACAUUAUCCUUGGAACAGACUGGCUCGACACGCACAACCCGGAGGUCGAUUGGUCGCAGGACCGAGUAGACAUGACGCGCUGCCCACCCGAGUGCGUACUGGUCAAUCCUCCGGUGACCAAUCUUUGUACUACGGCAAGUUUCGAGGUCCGCGGCAUACGGCUUGAAGAAGUGAUCGAUGAGGACGAGGUUGCACUCCAUUCAUGGCAGCAGCAGCGCGCCCUCCCAGCAGAUCACCCGCUCAUCCUUGACACCGGUGACGACAUUCCCUCCUUGCUGUCCGUUCCCCCACCAUGCCAACACGGCAUCUCCAUGGUGGAGGUUGACGAUGAGGAGGAUCUAUGCCUACGUCAGGAACUCCGGCAGCGGCUGAUCAACACCGCACUUCCCAUGAUGCACAUUAAACCGGACUUCCCCACCCCCGCCCCACGUUUGUUGGCCACCGUACAGCUAGACAACAACUACGUGGACGAGGAUGAGCCGGUGGUUGAACACGUUAUUCCAAUUUCGGUGGACUGGGUGCUCCGCGGCUUGGAGCUCGUGCGUGUGGUGCCUGACAUUGAGCACUGCACCUUUGAACCAGGCGAUGUGCUCAUGUACACGACCGAGUACACUGAAGAUACGGAGGAAGAAGAGGAUCACGCCGUCAACGUUCGCGCCGCCUUCACCCGCUCUCAGGAGCUCGCGGAGAAACAUGCAACCGGAACUUCAGCUAAGUCUAUUGAAGAACUCGUCCCGGAACAAUACUGA